AGGUGUCACAUGUCAGGUAUUGCUGCCUUUGAGGAAAGUGUAUUUUGCUAGAUAGUUUAAUAUGUGAGAGAAAAAAAGACAAAAUAUCAGAUGGUAUGUAAAUAAGCCUCCAUAAACUGUUUGAAGAAGGUCCCUGGUCAUUAUACUCCCUCAGUCUGAGGAUUGAAGGAAGUACAUCUCCUUUAUAUAUUUUCACUUGUAUAUACAUGUUUGUGCCAUGCCUGUGUUUCACACUUCAGCAAGAAAGUUUUAAAAGGUAUAAAAAUGUGUAAUGUGCACAGUAUUUUAAGCUUUCUUUUCACAGUACCUUGGUUAUCUGUCUAUGCUGUAAAACAUUUUUAUAUAUAUGUGUGUGUUAAUUUACACGAGUCAUGUAUACUAUUUAUUGGAGUUAUUUGCAUUAUUCAGUAAUUUUAACAUUACUCCUAGAUGCUCAGUGGCCAGCACUAUAGCUUUACUCCUGCCUGUUUUGAUUAGUGUCUUUGUGUAUGUGUUUGUAUUGAGUUUACAUGUUCUCUUUAUGGAUAUCACAGUUUCUAAAGCUUUAUAAACUAUCUGUGGUGAUUGUUUGAGUGGUGUGGUUCUGGAACAUGAAUUAAUGGAGAAAUAAGAGGGAAGUGGAAGCCUAUGCACUUGAGAGACCAGUCAUCUAGUACACAUGUAGGAACUGGAUAUGCUUCUAAUAGCUGGUUUUAUAUCUGAUGCUGGAAAGUGUCAAGGGCAGGGGUUGCUUUUGUGAUGCUCUUUCCAGCACGAAGCGUCUCUCUCCUUGCUUACUUUCCUCCCCACGAGUCACUGAACCCCGAGUGUGAUCUACAGCACAGUAAUCCCUGACAUGUGGCUUUAGUCAGGGAUUACGCCCUGUUCCAACCCUCUGAACAGUUUGGUAGUCCGAUUCCCCAGUUAUUCCUGGAGGAGAAGUAGGGCAGAACAAGUGGUAAGUCCCCUGUGGUCUUACUCAGUGGUCUUUAGGAACCAGAGGAGUAGUAUUUGAUGAGAUCUUCUGGGGUUUGAUUCUGUUAUGAAUUGGAGGAAAUGCUGAUUAUAUACAUUUUAAGGAUGAUCUCAUUUCCUUGUCUACAGGUACUCCGUGUUGCAUUCAUGCUGUCCUUUUGUUUAUGUCUUGUCAAUGGCAAAUCUAUCUGGCUAGAAUUUCACUAUAAACAAAUAAUUAAAAUAGUGGAAACAAAAUGAAGUCGGACCUGCUAUUAUGUAAUCAGUGAUGUGAAAAAUAAAGUCAAUACUAAACUGAAAGGUAAUACCACUGUGAUUCACAUGUGCUGCUAGAUGAAAGUCUGCCUAAGUCAAAUAUUUAAAUGUAAAGAUUAGUAUAUUGUCUCGUGACCCUGACCAGGAUAAGCAAUUAGAAAUGGAAGGAUUGAUUAGUUUAUAAGCGUCCACAUCUGUUUGCUGAGGUAGAUGUGGGUGACUACUGAGAGUAUAUGCCAUGUUGUGCUUAGUGGGAAUCAGUUGUCUUCAUUUUGUUGGAUACAACAUGUGAGGAAAGACCUUGCUGGUAUACACAGUGCUGAUGUCCACACUGUGUAUCUGUCACUAAAGGAGCUUCCACACCAGGGUGCUGCUGUGUGUCUACUAGUGGGCUCUCUAGAAAUCCCAGCAUGUACACCCACAAUUUGGCAGCAUCACGUGUGUUUCUCUGGUGGGGUGGAUUCAGUUGGUUUGGUCCACACACAUUCCAGGCAAUAGCAUUACAUUCUUGCUGGCCAUUUUAUGCUGGGGGGUCCAGUUCUGUGUGGGAGGGUUUCUUCACAUAUGCCAGUCAGUAGCUGGAGAGGUUCUCUGAGGCACACUUCGACCACGUGCACUGCCACUCAUGCCAAGUCUGGACAUGGGAGAUGAAAUGCCACCGACUAAACCAAAGAAGAAGAAGUCAAAAAGAGAGUCCAAUGAAGUUGAGGAUGGAGACGAGCCAGCAGUGGAGAGGAUGGCACCAGAGCCCCAAGACAUUCCACCUCAGAAGAAGAAAAAGAAGAAGAAAAAGAAAACACAGACUCUAGAUCUGGAGCGGGAAGGAGACCACACCCAGCUGGACAUGGCGAAUGGAGGUACUGCUGUGGAACAGUCUGUGGAUGGGGAGGACGAGGCCCCAAAAGCCAGAAAGAAGAAGAAGCCGAAGAUCGGUGACAGGCUGCACUCCAGCGAGCUAGACAGUGAGGACGAAGAUGUCAUCACCAACGCAGCUGCCGCUAUCCCCCAGCAUUCCCUGUUCUCUGCCCCACUGGGACAAAGUCAACCAAUCAGCAAAGUUUUUGUCGAGAGAAACCGGCGGUUCCAAGCCACGGAUCGCACAGACUUGGGCAAGCCCAGCAUUCAAACAGAUGAUUACCUGGAGAUAACAUCCGUCUGGAGUACCCGGGAUGUGGCCUUGAAGGUGCACAGUGGGUUCAGGGUGAUGGGUCUCUUCGCACAAGGUUUCCUGGCUGGCUAUGCUGUCUGGAACACCAUUGUGGUGUACGUCCUGGCCGGGGAGCGGCUCAGCAGCUUGACCAACCUUCUCCAGCAGUACCACACGCUGGCCUACCCGGCCCAGUCCCUGCUCUACCUGCUGCUGGCUCUCAGUACCGUCUCCGCCUUCGACAGGGUGAACCUGGCCAAGGUGUCUGUGGCUAUGAAGUGCUUCCUCACUCUGGAGCCAGCAGCACUGGCCUCCAUCUUGUACUUUGCAGCCCUGAUCCUUUCUCUCAGCCAGCAGAUGACCAGUGACCGAAUCAAUCUCUACAACUCUGGCAAUGGGACGUUGUGGCCCACAGGCUCAGAGCAAAGGUUCCUGCAGAACUGGAUUGUGGUGAACCUAGUGGUGGCAGUAUUGGUGGGACUGGCCUGGGCGUUCCUCUCUACACGACCUGAGUUGGAUUACACUGAGGAAUUCUUAAGGACAAUGGAUGUGGAUGAGGUGCCACAUAAAGAGAAGAAGCUGGAAAUCCCAGCCUGACAGAGAGACCUGCCAUUGCUUGUUUAUUACACAUUUUAUGUACAAUUUAUAUCUUUAUAUGUCUUUAUAUAUUAGUUUUGCCCAGACUACUCAAUGAUUGAAGAUGCUUUUAUUAUGUAAGGUACUGUGUAUUUAUAAAUGUUUACUUUUAUUCUGCUCAGUUUUAAAAAUAUACUAUUACACACAUUUAACCAAUUAGUAGGACCUUUCUCAGAGCAAGGAGUGAUAUUCAAAGUCCAAAUGACUUUUGAAACACUUCACUUGACUCAUGAAAUGGUACUGUGUAACAAUAAUGUUUAAAGUUUCAAAAACCUUACUUCUUUUCUGGAAUGGUCAUCAUGCUCCUCAUCAUAAGUGUAGAUUUCAGGUCCAGAGAGUACAAAUCCAGAGCAAGAUUUUCUUUCAACCAACCAGUUGAGUAGAAAUAGUCGCAGUCACGGAGUACUCAACUGGUUGGUUGAAACAAAAUCUUGCUCUGGAUUUGUACUCUCUGGACCUGAAAUCUACACCUUUGCUCUUCAUUCAUAAGGCAAAUAUAACAAUUUCUACAUUUGUUUAUAAAAACCUUGUCUUUUUAAGUUUGGUAACACUUUACUUAAAGCAG